AAAUUUAAUUAAUUAUUAAUAGAUAGAAAGUAUAAAAAUUUAACAAUAUAGAUAAAGUUCUUGGAGAUGUUCAAUCCAUAGGUCUCUUCAAACUAUAAUUCAGCUAUUAAACAACAAUAAGCAUAUUAGAGUCAUUAAUAAAUUUAAAAUAUUAAUUAAAAUCAAGGAUCAAGUUACAAUGAUGGAGUAGGAAUAUAUGCUGGAAAUGGAUAACCUUAGUAGCAGCUACAGCAAUAAUAAUUUGAAUCAUAAAGAAGUUAGGUGAAUGUUUCAAACAUGGAUCAAAAUUAUAAGCUAAGCAAUAUGAUACAGAAAAAUUAAUCUAUGAAAUUGAAUAAUAGCUUAAACCAAUCAUCUUAUAGAGAUAAGAAAGUUUUAAACUAGAAUUUACAAUAAUUACUCACUCAAAAUAGUAAAAACAAGUAGAAUUCAUCUAUGUAGCAGAUAAAUAAAGAUGGAAAUACCUUAAGUAAUACAGCAAUAUAAGCUAAUAGUUAACCAAUGCCUGAGUAAAAUAGCGAUUUAGUUAAGAAAUUAAUGAAAAAAGAUAUCAAGGACGAAAAAACCUUUUCUUUUUGCACAAGAUGGACACAUUUAACUAUUGUAUUCCUAUAUUCACUUGCUACUGUUAUUGUGUCUUCUAUCUUAGUGUAUUAUUUUCCAUAAAACUCAACGAAUAGAUAUUACAUGUAAGAAACAAUAGAUAAUUGGAAUCAAUAAAUGUGGAGUGAUAUUUAAGUAGUUUAACUUACCGCUUAGCAAAUAGCGAAUAAAUAAUCACCUUUAUGCCCUAGUUCUUACAAAAGUUUGUAUACAGUAUUUGGAUUACCUAUCUCAGAUGGUUGCAAUUGCUUAAGUAGCACUUAUAGCCAGAAAGCUAUGAUUGUAGGUAAGUGUGGCGAUGAUUAAAUAGCAAGUGGAUGCACAAAUGUAAAGGGCUUCGAUCCACCAGUUGGAUUUAACUGGUAGACUCCUGAUGGAAGCGUUACCUUCACCCUUUGCGUUAAGCUAAUAGAUGGUUUGACUUAUAACAAUGUUGGGAGCUAAACAAAUUGCUAAAAAACUUGCGGUGGAAGUACUCCAGAAACAUAGAUAUGUGUUAACUCCAAUUAAGACUGUCCUAUUAAUUACAUACGUUUUGGCUCUGCACCAGACGCUACUUAAAACAUUUAAAACUUGAAAUCUCAAGCUAUAGGAGCCUCUUACAAUAUGUACUAUUCUAGUUCUGGAUCAGGAGCACCUUUAGUUGAUGUACGAUUAACUAAAGGCAUUGGUGUAUGCAUGAAUAAUAAUAUCUAAAAUUUAUAUUAAUAACCAUCAUAUUAUCCAUUACUAAAUGUAAAUUAAACUUAAGUCUGCUCAUAGUCGAGCUAAAUAGAUACUAGAUUUACUUCGAUUCUUACUUUAAAUGAAAAAUCUUUGUAUCAAAUUAAUUAUUUUGAUAAUUAAUACACUGCUCUUCCUGGUUACACACUAAGUACAACAGAAUUAUAUUCUAUUUACGUAAGACCUGCUAUAGUCUUUGCAUAAGAUAGAAGAGGUUCAGAUAUUUCUACUUUUAUGAAUUCAUACUAAAACUAUGAUACAGUCUAUAAUGGUAGUGUGAGUAUCCUAGUUACUUCUAUUUUUUAUUUAGUUUGUAUAGGGCUUAUAUACAACAUAUUUUCUAUUUUAAAUAUUCUCAAUAAAAAACAUCUAUACAAACAAUAUCUUUAUGACCUAGAACCAGAUUUGGAAACUCAAAAAUCGCACUUGUUUAAAAGACUUUGGCUAAAAAUAUUGAUCUCUCUGGCACAUAUGAUAUCUAUUUUGGUUACUUUUGUUUUAACAAUUUAAAAUUACUUGUACUUAACAACACUGAACUAAGGAACACUUGGUGAUCAAUAUACUUAAAAUCUAGUAAGUAGCUUAAAAAGCGAAUAUUAUACAAAUAUUUUGUGGUAUAUUGUGAGCAAUUUCAUAGUUUUUUCAACGAUUGUAAUUAUUGAACUAUUAGCUCUCGUACCUCUUCUCAGCAAGAAAUUAAAAGAAGAUACUAAAGUAAAGAUAUCUUCUAAAUAUAUGCCAAAACCAGGUUCAAGUAAAGCACAGUAGUAAUAGAUUGAUAGUAAUAAUAAGAGAGGACUGGAACUUCCUGAGUAUCAAACACAUAAUAUGUAUGGAGGCAAUGGUAUAAAUACUACUAUAAAUCCAUUUGUUUAGCAUUUGAGUGUAUUAGGUGCUGAUAUAACUACUGCAAAUAACAGAUCUAUUCAUAUGGGACCAGGUCUGUAUACUCUCUAAAGCCGUAACAACCAAGCUAAUUAAGGAAUUAACUCUAGAUAAGCUACGUAGCAGCUAAAUUAUUCUAAUAUCUUACCUCCUGAAAUAAAAAAUUAUGAAAGCAUGACAUACAAUAAUAAAAAUACAUAGGGUAAUGAACAAAAAUUGUAAAUGACAAAUUAAAUGACGACUACUUAACAAACAGACUAGCAGGAAAUAAUUAAAAAAUCACCUCACUAACCCUCUUAAUAUGCCAGUAAUAGAGUUAUUGAGGCUAUGACAGCUGGCAGUUAAUCAGGUUUACCAACAGGAGCUACAUAGAAUGAUAGAAACAUGUAAAUUAGAAACAGCGAUUAUGUUUAAGAAUAUCAAAAAUAGAGUUCAAACUAAAUAAGCAGCAACUUUAAUAGCAGAAAUAUUAAUCAUAUGGAAAGGAAUUAAUAGAAUGGAGAUGAGUAAAAUUAAACAAUUGACUUAGACUUUCAUUCUAAUCAUAUAGUCAUUCAACAACCAGCUGCUAUGAACCAAUUUAAUGACUCUAAUGUAUCCAACGAUUUUGGAGGAUUAUCAAAUAAUUUUCAAGGUGAUAAGAAAAAUAGACAGAGUAAAUAUUCAAUUGAAUCUUUGCCAGGAUAAUUUAAUAAAUAAAAUGAAUAUGCAAAUAAGAUUUAGACUAUUCCUGAAGUUGAUUCUCACAGAUAAUAUAUAGGUCAAGAUCGUACUUCAAAUAAUGAUAGCAACAAUAUGAAUAAUUUUAACAAUAACAAUUUCUAAAUAAAAUCUGGAAGCAAAUUAGAUUAAUAAUAGUAUAAUCCAAAUAAUUAUUCUCAAAACAAUGCUAUUUCCCAAAAUUAAUAUUCAAGUGGUAAUUUCAAUAAUAUGAAUAGAAUACCUGAAGACGAUAAUAACCAUUCAAAUACAACAAUCAAUGAGCAUUAAGGAGAUAAUAGGAUUUAAAAAGUUAAAAAUACUGGAUUCAAUGCCAAUUAAAAACACAAUAAUUAAGAAAAUGCAAACAGCUUCAGAAAUUAAUAAAAUUAUAAUAUGGAUAAAAACGAUUUUAAUAGUUAAUAGAAUUACUACGAAGCUAACAACCACAAUAAUAAUAAAAACUUCAAUAAUAAUCACAGGAACUCUAAUUACAAUAAUAUUAAUUAAUAAAGUAAUCAGAAUGAUAAUAGCAAUUAUUUUAAUAACUAAAGAUAAAAUCAAUAUAAUAUAUACUAAAAUAACCAACCAUACAAUCAAGAAAUGUUCUAAGCUCAAAAUAGAAUCCAUGACAAAAAUGAUUAAGAUGUGGAUGAUCCUGAUAUGUAUGAUAUCAAUCUUCCAGCUUACAACUAAAAGUUUUAUUGA